AUGACUCAACAAGAAGUAUCAUCAUCAACAACAACUACGGAAUCAGUCCCAACAACAACAUUAUCAUCGGAAGAAACCAAGAUGGAAACUCAACAAAUGGACACAACAAGCGAUGAAAAGAAGAGAGAAAAACGACCACCUCUCACUGAAGAAGAACAAUUAGCCUUGGAUGAAAAGAAGAAGAGAAAGAGAAUGGAAGCAAACAAGAAGAGAAAAAAGAAAAAGGUUGAAAAGUUUAAAAAAAAGAAAGCUCCAGCUGUUUUCCAAGUAUUGAAUGUUCACUUGAUGGAUUCAAGCAAGAUACAUACCAUUACAAAGGAAGAUAUCAAGAAGUGCUUCCCUGAAUGUGUACAAAUGUCGAGACCUUGUGAGAAUAUAUUUCGAAUUCAAUUUAGUAAGGAACAAGAUUGUUUGAAAUAUUUCAAAAAGGAGGAAAAGAAGAGGAAGAAGCAAUUGAGAAAGAGAGAUAUUGAAAAGAAGAAGGAAGAAAAGGAAGAAAAAGAAGAAACACCAAAGGAAGAAAAGGAAGAAACAGAAGAAACACCAAAGGAGGAAGAAUCAAAGGAAGAUACACCAAUGGAAGAAUCAACAACAACUAAUACUGAAACAUCCGAAUCAACAUCAAGUAAGGAAACAGCUGAUAGUAGAGAAGAACGUAUUCUUGCAUACAAGAUUCAAGAAGUUAUCAAUGGAUUCAAAUUUACCUUACGAGCAGAAGCAGCCAAAUUUAUUGCCAAACCAGAAUGGAAAGAAGUCACCAAACAAAAGAAGAAGGAUCCAAGAGUUCUUGUCUUUUUACUUCCAAAAGAAGUUGAUAUUUCACAUGAAAAGUUUAAGGAAUUAUUCCCAGAUUGUGUCAAGGCCAUCAGAAAUAAUAGAGAUAUCUAUGGUCUCUUCUCAUCUGAAAAGCAAGUUGCAAAUUACCUUAAUCAAUCAAAGUAUAGAAAAUUGGAAAGGGGUGGAAUUUCAUUCGUUUUGAGAGUUGGUCCUGAAAAUCUCUCACUCAAACCAUGUAAUUGGAAUCCAGAAGAGAAAUUCCUCAGAGAUGAAGAUAAGGAAAAACAAGUUGUCAAGGAAAAGAAGGAAGAAAAGAAACAAAAGAGAAAGGAAAAGAAGGAAGAGAAGGAAAAGAACAAGUCAACCGAAACAACUACAGAACCAGGUGAAAAGACUGAAAAGAAAGAAAAGAAAAAGAAUAAGAAAGAUAAGAAGGAAAAGAAGGAUAAGAAGCAAUCAGACGAAACAACAACAGAAAUUAAAGAUAAAAAGAAGGACAGAAAGAAGAUUAAAGCUAGCAAGAAACAGAAAGAAGAACCAAAUGGAAAUAGUGCAUCCAAGAUGAGUGACGAAUAA